UUCAAAGCGCUGAUGCUAAAAUAUCUCCGCUUUAUUUUGAUACACCCAACACACGCUACCCCACCCCGCACCCAGCGGACACAGCCCACAAUUUUCCUUCUUCGGUUCUUCCCCCACCCGGAUCGGAUCAUAAGCAUGUCGUGCUCAUCCAUAUUAUCCUCGCCAAAUCCGCACAUUCUGUUCCUGCAGCAUAAGGAGCCCUUCAGCCAUAUCUGCUUCCCUUCCUCCGCCUCCGCAACCGCGGUUUCUAAUUUGGGCAACUAUUCAAUCUGGUUUAUCGGAUUCCUUCGCUUCAGCACCAGCCGCAGAUAUGGUGAGUAUGGCUGUUGGGAGAAAAAAAGAGUAAGUAAGAGGGAUGUAAGGGCAUGUUCGUCGUCAUUCUGGCCAGAGUUAUUCAAGCCUGAUUCUCUGGAGAUGGAGCCUAUUCAAGAUUGCGAGCAGUUUGAUCGGAUUUUGGAACGAGCUCAAGAGCUGUCUCAGCCUAUUCUUAUUGAUUGGAUGGCUUCGUGGUGCAGAAAAUGCAUAUAUCUGAAACCCAAGUUGGAGAAAUUGGCUGCGGAGUAUGACAGAAAGAUAAAAUUCUACUGCGUGGACGUCAACAACGUGCCGCAGGCAUUGGUGAAGCGCGGCAACAUAUCAGCGCUGGCUGGUCUGGGAAUGGAAUGAAGAAAAUGCCGACAAUUCAGAUAUGGAAAGAUGGCGAAAGCAAGGCAGAAGUGAUCGGAGGGCACAAGGCGUGGCUCGUGGUUGAGGAAGUCCGGCAAAUGAUUCAGCCAUUUGUGUGAUGAAUGUACCUUCUUCUUUUUUUUCUUUUUUUUUCUUUACCUUGAUCUACUACAUGUAAACAAAUAUGCAAGACGACACAAGAAUGCAAGGCAAUUCAUCUCUCUUUUCUCAA